GGAAAAUACAAUUCCGCCAUAUUUACCGGCAAAAUUCAAAAUAUUUACAUUGCUAGUAAACAAUUAGCAACACACACACAAUAUUGUACAAAAAUCGAAGUCGUAUCGUAACGCAACGACAUUAAAAACCGAUACAUUUUGCCAGACAACGUCUGCUUACUACUUACUACCCGCUGCUGCUGCCGCCGCUGCUGUUGCUGCUGCCGUCGACGACACACCGAUGUCAAUCGGACGGACAGCCGUAGAAUAGAGAGACAAACAACAAACAAACAACGCAAUUUGAGGAACGCACAACAGCAAGCGCGCGCGUAUACACACUCACACACACACACUCACAGAGAGAGCGAAGAAGAAAAGUACGGCAAAAAGCCUGAACGACGUCGACGAUGACAAGUCAUCAUCAAGGCGGCAACUUUCAGGCGCGAGUUCAGCCAAUUGUUAAGAAUCUAUCGCUGGCCGCCGCUGCUGUUCCCCUACCUCUGCCUCUACCACUACCGCUCCCCAACCUGCCCAUGUCCUCUGCCUGCUCCACCUCGUCCUCAUCGUCGUCAUCGUCAUCGGUACACAAUAAUCACCACAAUACAAAUACAACAUCACCCAUGUAUUUUACACACAUUCUGCCACCGUCAACGGCAAUUGUACAACAUCCGUAUAGCGUUGAGUUGGAUGGCACGGAACACAUGGGCAGCUCCGGCGACAAUGACAGUUUCCUCAUCGAGGAGAUCAUCGAUGAUUAUGAUGAUGAUAACAAUAUUGUUGUCGAUCCUGGCGAAUUCUUUAUAUCGGGCGAUGUCUACGAAUACUAUCCGGUCGAUCGCAUGGACAGGCUGGGCACCUCGGUGGGCAUGGCCACAGCGGAUGCACUGCCGCCGCCAAUCAUAAUGCAACAGCAGGAACAGGAUAGCGAUGAUGUUGAGGACGACGAAGAGGACGUUGAUGAAGGCCAACAAAUGGAUGGCGAUGGGCGACUCUCCUCCGUCGAUGACGAAGACGAUGACGAGGAGGAGGAGGAGGAGGGUGCGCCCAUAAUGAGAGAUGCGAAUGCAUUCGAUAUUGCCUCCCAGAUGUUAACCACAAUUGAGGCAACUGCGGCGACCAUCAAAGAGGAGCAGCUGGAGAAUGAUUACUAUAUGAAAUCCACGACAGACGAUUCAAAUAGUUGUCACGUGCAGGAUUUCAAACCCUUUGGCCGACCUCAACGGCAAACCAACAUCAAUUUCAACAGCAACCACAACAACAGCAGCCACAACAUCAACAACAACAAUUGCAACAGCAAUGGAAGUGCGAAGCGUUGGAAAACUAAAGUGCCCAUUCGCAUCACUCAGGAUCAGUUUAAUGUGACGCUUUGGUCAUCGCUCAACUCGGAGGAUGAGGAUGAGGAGGAACUGGAUCUGGAUGAGCAGCAGCAUGUGGCGGCGACUCCAGCAGCAGUAGCUGGAGCAGCAGCAGCUGGAGGAGGAGGAGGAGGACAUCAGAACAACAGCAGAAGCAGCGAUAUGCCAAAGCUGAUCAUCGAUGAGCACAUUUUGCAUCACGAUGUGCUCAGCGAUGGCAUUGGCAAUGAGUAUGUCAUAUUGCCGGAUCCGUUUAGUGCUGCUGCCGUCACCGAUGUGGAGGAGGUGGUCAACGCAUUUAUACGCGAUGCCGAUGAUGUGAAAGAGUUGGAGCCGGAUGAUGAGGAGGAGCUGGAGCCGGAGGAGGAGGAGGAUAGCCAAUCGCUAAGCGAACAAUAUCAGCUGGAUGAGGCAUAUGGCAGCAUUGAGCUAAUCGAGAAUAUGCCACAACAUCCCGUCGAACUAUUAGCAACUGCAACUACAGCAACAACAACAGUAGCAACAGCAGCAGCAGCAACAACAGCAGCAGCAACAGUUGCCGCCACGGCAGGAGCAACUAAAACGUUGCCCAAACUGGUGCUGCAAAAUAGCAGCACAAAUGUGCGACUGAAAGCGAGCAACAACAUUGUUAACAACAGCAGCGGCAGCAAGGCUGGCAAGCGUCAAUUGGUCAAUCAGCCACCACCACUGGUGCCUGCCACAAGCAGCAGCAGCAACCACAUGCAACAGCAACAUCAUCAUCAUCAUCAGCAGCAGCAACAACAACAUCAUCCACGUAGCAAUCAAGCAGCGGCAACGACAACAGCAACUGCAACACCAUCCUCCGCCGUCGUCGAUGACGAUGAGGAGCCCAAGUUUCGUUGCACGCAUCGUGGCUGUAACAAGGAGUUCCGUAAUCAUAGCGCGAUGCGCAAACAUAUGCAUACGCAUGGACCCCGCGGUCAUGUGUGCAACGUGUGCGGCAAGAGUUUUGUGGAGAGUUCGAAGCUGAAACGGCAUCAGUUGGUGCACACCGGCGAGAAGCCGUUCGAGUGCACGUUCGAGGGUUGUGGCAAGCGUUUCUCCCUCGAUUUCAAUUUGCGUACGCAUGUGCGCAUCCAUACGGGUGAUCGUCCGUAUCAUUGCCCCAUCGAUGGCUGCUCCAAAUGCUUUGCCCAAUCCACCAAUCUCAAGUCGCACAUGUUGACGCACUCGAAACCGAAACGAAAAUGGCCUCGGGCACCGCAGGUGAGCAGCAAAUCACCGCUGGUCGCGCGCUACGGUCGCCUAGAGUUUGGUGAGGAUCCCACACUCGUCUAUGUGGAGCCCAAUGAGGAGUUGUCGUCGGUGCUGCUGGAUAGCACGUCGACACCAGCCUCCUAACCAGCGAUGAAUCAUCCCCUGGCUGUUGUGAUCUGAAACUGAGCAAAGGAAAUUUUCUAUCUGUACAGUUAGUUGUAAGAUUCAAUUUUAGUUGUGUAAGCCGGGGAGUGGGAUGUGCAGCAAGGAUAAUGCCUGGGAUGUGUCACCCACUUAUCCUCUGUGCGGCUCCAGCUGUCACUCCUUAGACAACCCCACAAACAAACAAACAAAGUAGCUUGCUAAGUUUUAUGCUAAUGCGAAAUCAGAAUAGGUUUGAAGUUGAAAUUGAUUGGAAUGCCCGGCACGAUGGUCAAACAAAAGUUUUAGAAAUUAGUUUUAGUUUUGUACGUUUUAAGUAACAAGUAUGUAAACUCCUCCCCCCCCCCCCCCCCACUCCUCCCAAUAUCUGAGAGUCCCACGCCCCACAAUUCAGCCAACUGGCGACUACAUAGAUAUAUAUAUAUAGUGAUUAAAAUGCUUUCAGCCAUUUUAAUUCCAAUCUACUUUGUAAAUCUAAGUGUGCGGCCCACUCGAAUAACAAAAAGGCUGCACACACAUUUUUCUAUAAAUCUUACAAAUACAAUUACUAUUUAAUACACACACACACACACACAAACCAACAUACAUACACACAUAAGCAUCUAAUAACAAUAGGCUAUAUUUUUGUAAUGAAAUUGUAACACUUAGAGUGCAUUGAAGUGCAAAAGUAAAGUAUAUAUACAUAUACAUAUAUAAAAACAAACAAAUUGAGUAACAAACUAAGAUACAAAUCAUUUAAUUGCGCUCUUUCUUACCAAAUCAAAACAUUUUAGAUACCAAGGUGUCUCUUUUAGAUAUUGGUUUUUGAUUUGUGGGUAGGAAAAUCUAAUUUCAUUUAUGAUUCCAGUUUAUUUUAGACCUUAAGAAAUGUCUCAUUAUAUUUAUAAAAAAAGAUUACAGGUCCCUUUAGAAAUGCCAAUUUCUAAAAGAUAUUUAUCCGAUUUCUGGACAGUUCUUAUGACUGAAAGUUCUAGUUUUGUCGAGAGUUUCAUUUAUAAUUCCACUUUAUUUUAGAUUUUAAGAAAUACCGCAUUAAAAACCA